AGCGCUCUCUCUCUCUCUCUCUCUCUCUCUCUCUCUCUCUCUCUCUCUCUCUCUCUUCCUUCCUUCCUUCCUCACAUCGCUGAUGUAAAGUUCACCGUGCUGGAUUAAAGAUCUUGUCAUCUUCAGCAAAGCGAGAAGAGAAGCUGUAUCUCUGAUGGCAUCCAGACUAUUGGAGAGGAUAAAAAUGAUGUGUUGCUAGCAACAUGCUGAGAAAGAUGGACAGACAAUAACAAAUUGUCGCACACUUGGGGUACAGUGUUGCUUCGUUAUGACAAGUGGCUGUGUGGAAGAUGUUCACCCUUUCUACGACUGAUAUCACUGAUGUUGGUCAUGGGGACACUCUGUGCUGUGUCAGUGAAGAGGGUUCUUCAGCAGGGACGGCAGAAGUGAAACAGGAGAAUCAGUCUACUGUCAGUCCAUACAGCACUUCACAAAAUGAGGUGAACGACAUGCCUCUCAUGGAGCCCAACAACAUCAAGAUGUACUCCUUAGAGGAUACACAUGCACCAGAGGGUCAGCCUAUGAAGAGGAAGAAGGGCCCUGCUCCCAAGAUGAUGGGGAAUGAGGUGUGUAGUGUAUGUGGAGACAAGGCAUCUGGGUUUCAUUACAAUGUGCUGAGCUGUGAGGGGUGUAAAGGUUUCUUCAGACGAAGCGUAAUCAAAGGAGCUCAGUACUCCUGCAAGAACUUUGGCCGUUGUGAGAUGGACAUGUACAUGCGCCGCAAGUGUCAGCAGUGUCGUCUAAGGAAAUGCAGGGAGGCAGGUAUGCUGGAACAGUGUGUGCUGUCAGAAGAGCAGAUCCGACUGAAGAAGAUGAAAAAGCAGGAGGAAGAGACUGCACGCACAUCUGCAGUGGCAACACCAAGCCCUGCACCAGAUAUGCCCCCUUUGGCUCCUGAACAACAGGAAAUGAUAGAAAAACUGGUGGCCAUGCAGAAACAGUGCAACAAACGCUCUUUUCUUGACCGCCCCAAAGUCACUCCAUGGCCACGUAGUCAGGAUCCACUUAACAGAGAGGUUCGACAGCAACGGUUUGCUCAUUUCACUGAGCUGGCCAUCAUGUCUGUGCAAGAGAUUGUAGACUUUGCUAAACAGCUGCCUGGCUUCCUGGAGCUCACUCGAGAGGACCAAAUCGCCCUACUGAAGACCUCAACUAUAGAGAUUAUGCUUCUAGAGACUUCUAGACGUUAUAAUCCAGCAAUAGACAGCAUAACCUUCCUCAAAGACUUCAGUUACAAUAAGGAGGAUUUUGCCAAAGCAGGGUUGCAGUUUGAGUUCAUCAACCCCAUCUUUGAGUUCUCUAAGGGCAUGAAUGACCUUCACCUGGAUGAGGCAGAGUAUGCUUUGCUCAUUGCCAUCAACAUUUUCUCAGCAGACCGACCCAACGUGCAGGAUCAUGAUUUAGUGGAAAGACUACAGCAGCCAUAUGUGGAUGCCCUUCACUCGUACAUCAGAAUAAAACGACCCAACGAUCAUCUGAUGUUUCCUCGAAUGCUGAUGAAGCUGGUUAGCCUACGCACACUGAGCAGUGUCCACUCAGAGCAGGUCUUUGCUCUUCGCCUCCAAGACAAGAAACUCCCGCCACUGCUCUCUGAAAUUUGGGAUGUCCAUGAGUGAGCCGACGUUCCGCCCCAGGACACAAUGAGCCAGUGUCAAGAAAACAUGGCCGUGUGGGGGAGGCCUCUAAAGGCAGAGCAAGUGGGGUGGGGAUUGACCUCAUGAUGACCCUUAGGGCCGAACUGUCUCCCACUCUGGCAUUGAGCCAGUUUAUAAGGAGCCUGAUUUGAUCAUUCUGUUCCUUGAUUUCUCUAUUUUGAAUCUAGUGGUCAGUGGGCUGCUUCCUUUGAAUGUGCUGUUGAUAGACUUUUUGUCCAGAAAUGGCUCAGGGACCAUUCAGAACCAGUAAUGGUUAUUUGAACUUCAUUUGAGCUUGGGGAUCUGGAUGGGUGUGGAUUCAGACACUUGCUUGCUAGUGUCAGUGACCACAAACAAUGUGUUCACAAUUUUUUGUGUUGCUAGUACCAAAAGCUUUCAGCAUGUUUUUUUUCAAUGGUUUCUACUCUAUUUCACAAAAGUGGAAUAGAGUAGAAGGCUCUCCAUUAAAAAUUUUUUGUUUGUUUAUUUGCAGUGCUUUACAAUGCCAUUUGGGAUGAUUGGUGGGAAAUAGCUAACCGCUAUAUUAUUCUUAAAUUAUGAAAAUGCAUAGAUCAUGCACAUGGUUGAAUCACAUAGUCUUCUAUUCAUAACUGCUCAUUUACUUUUUUUAUUUUUUAAAUUGCAUUAUGUGUGACACACAUCUAUUCUAGGAAUUAAUGUUAAAAUGCAGUCUCCUAUUAACACCUCAGACUUUUAGAUUAAAUAAUCCAAUACUUUACCAGUGCAAGCCUUAGUGAUUCAAAGCCCAUGUAACACUGAUUUGACAUAUUCCAACAAACAUGCAGAAUUCUGUUGGUUGUUUUAGAAUAUUCAGAAAGAGAAAUGACAAGCCAAAUGGGCUGGUAGUAUGAGGCUGAACAUAUGCAGAUGCAAUCACUGGCCAAUUCUGCACGCCAACACGAUGUUCUGGAUUUUAAGAAGUGCUAGUCCAUGUAGCAUAUGGUUGACAGGGAUCAUUAAGAGUCACUAACCCAAAUCAGUGUGCUGCUCAACUCACAGUGACUACUGAGAGACUCAUAGAUGCAUUUUAAACCUAACGCAGGCCAUAAAUUAUUCUUUUUCAUGACAUAAUGUCUUUUACAACCCAUCAUACUGUUUCUGUGGCAAGUUAAUUCUGCACACAUCACAGAGUUCAAAUUGGAGGAUGGAUGAUAUUGUUUGACAAUUUGCACUUAAAACAUUUGCAUAAUUUAUACACAGACUUUAUCUCAGUUUGAUGUCUCUCUCUCUUUCUAUAUAUGUCUUAUAACUGUAUUUUCUUCCCCACAUUACACAAAGUAGCCUAAUUAAAAGUAUAGUCAUAUACCGUAGAGUGGUUAUAUAUGUAUAUGCAUGUGUGUAUAUAUAUAUACAUACAUACAUACACACAGACCCACUACUUAAUCAAGAUAAUUUCAACAUUAAUUUACACUUUAAUUAUUUUAUUGUGAUGUCAAUUAUCUAUAAUUUGUCUCUUUUAAUACAUGUUUGUUUACUUAACCAUAUGAGAAUAUUCAGACAGUCUGAAUGCACCAGAAAUUAAACUUAUUUCCUGUCCCUUUUAUAAUCAAGAGAGACAAACAUGAAUUGGAUUUUUCAGUAUUAAACUUAACACAGUAUUACAGAAAUAGCUCUGAAGAAAGGGACUGGGCAAAUGAGAGCAUUUUGUGAUGUUUAGGGCUAGUGUCUUACCUGACGUGACCAUGUGCAAUUCUUAUUUCACUGGUAUUAAAAACCACUUCUGUGAUGGACUUAGGUUGUGGUGUAUUAAUACAUUAUGGAAAAAACAUUGGGGGAAAAAAGUAUUAUCCUCUUUGGGAUCAGAAAAUAUAAUGACUAAUACAGUUAGUUCGCUGUGACUUUUUCUGCCCUGACUGGACUCAUAUUAUUGAGACUUAGAUUGAAACCAAGGGAGGUAACUUGGAAGCUGUGUAGUCAAACAUGCCCAUGUGAUAGUUGCACUGCUUUUACUAACCCAAGACAUGUGCCUGUAUUUCUUCUAGCUGUGUGCACAUAUAAAUCAAAUUUUUGAUCUUUUAGAUUUCAGAUCUGCUCUUUUAUACUAUCCAGUUCCCUAUCUCAUUCUACCAUUACCAUAAUUUCUAAUAAUCCAGACAUCUACAAGGGCUUCAAAGUAUGAGGGUGUUAAUGCACCUUAACCAAACUAAGACCAUAAGAUUAUGUGAAAAACAUACAUUGUAAAGUUGAACUCCUCUGAUCUGAGUUGGUUUGUCAUUGCUUCAGCAAACAUCUCUCUGUUUGUGCACAUAGGAAUUGUGAUAUGGGCAUAGCAGACGUCUAGUUACUAAAGUAAUGAGCAUUUACUAUCUCUCCGCUCUCAAGAAACAUUUUCAAACUGAAAUAUAAUUGUUGUCCUCUAAUAGAAUGUUACAAUUAAAGCCAAGUGUUUAAUGAAAAGUUGAUUGUAGUUAUAAUUUAUUUGUACCCUCUGCUCAGUGGACCUUUUUGCUCUGAUUAACUUGGUCUUCAAUAGAGAGACAUUGAAUGUUACCAUCAUAGAAAUGUGACCUUAUGUUCUAACACCUUAAGUCCUUGGAUAUACUGCUUUAUAUGUAUAAAUAAAAAGUAGACACACUUUAUUGUUCUGUGAGAGUAUAAAUUUAUCUGAUAAAAAAAAUGCAGGACAAUUUAGAUGACUAAAUUCCUCAACUAUUCUUCAUAAAGAAAUGCAUUUAUCUAAAACAGGGAUCCUCGACAUUGUUUCUGUCUUUUUAUUAUUCUGAAAUUUUUUAAUAGAACAGAGUUGACCCUGUAAAUAAAUAAUAAAUCUGA